GUUGGCUGUUCAAGAUAUUUAUCUGGAAAUGACAUGAAGUCGCUAAAUGUGUGCUGCGGUGAUGUCUGUCGUUUUGCCAUUCUUCUUUUUCCAUGCCUAUUUUGCACAUCACUGGCUGAAGAGAUGACAAACUCGAGCGUUUUUGACGCCUAUGAGGCUGCUGCUUCUCCACUGCUGUUGAAUGAUAACAUAUCAAAUACUGUGUCUCCGUUGGUAGUUGAGAGAAUCGCACGAGGAAAGACGAUCCUGCAAAAGUUGAAAACACAUAUAUUUGGCCCUGAUGAAGAAGUGCACGAGUCAGAUUUGAUCUGCAAUUGUAAUGGUGCUUUAUGCGACAACGAAUUGGUUCAUCUCCUUGGAGAAUCGUACAAGGUGAUCUUUCUGUAA